AUGAAUAAUAUUGAUAAAAUGAGGGAGUAUAUCCAAAUCUUUGACGAAUGGUAUGAGUACCGACAGCAUCACGUGCCCCUGUUUUCUAGCGCUAUUGUCGAGGACGCAAUGAAAGAUUACCUUGAGCCUUCUUCUCCCUCUGUUACGCAUCUGGACACCAUAUGGAGAGAAUUCCGCUACAUAUUUGAGACGCAGUUGGGUGGAGUCAGAAAUUGA